AUGGACUUUCUCUUCGGUCGCCGCAAGACACCCGCCGAGCUUCUCCGUCAGAAUCAACGGGCGCUGAAUAAGGCAAUUCGAGAACUGGACCGCGAGAGAGCCCGUAUGGAAGCGCAGGAGAAGAAGAUUAUUGCUGAUAUCAAGAAUAUGGCCAAGAAAAAUCAGAUGGUACCUGGAUUUUUGGAUUUUCGGGAUUCUGUAAAAGUGAUGGCUAAGGACCUGGUUCGAACUCGACGAUAUGUCAAGAAAUUCAUAAUGAUGAAGGCGAAUAUUCAGGCGGUCUCUCUGAAAGUGCAGACUCUAAAGUCUCAAGAUGCGAUGGCCUCAGCGAUGAAAGGAGUCACAAAGGCGAUGCAAUCGAUGAAUCGUCAACUAAACCUGCCGCAAAUUCAAAAAAUCAUGAUGGAAUUCGAAAAACAGAGUGAGAUCAUGGAUAUGAAAGAGGAGGUGAUGGGUGAUGCGAUUGACGAUGCACUUGGAGACGCAGGCGAUGAGGAAGAGAGUGAUCAGAUCGUCAAUCAGGUUCUCGACGAGUUGGGCAUACAAAUGGGCGAAGAAAUGGCCGGGCUUCCGUCGGCGGCCGGUGGACUCAACGCUGGUGGUGAAAAGGUUAGUGGGCGUCAAGCGGUCGCUGCUGGCGGCGGUGGCGGUCAUUCCGCUGGUGGAAACGAGGUCGACGACGAUCUCCAAGCUCGUUUGGACCAAUUGAGACGGGAGUAA